GGCGGCGGAGGGAGUGUGUGUGGCAGUGUGGGGCUGUGUGUGUGUGUGUGUCCACUCUGUGUGUCGUGUGCGAGUGCGUGUGGGCCGCUCGCCUUGCCCGCCCGCUCGCUCGCCCGGCGCGCCCGGCGCGACCGGCCUCUGUUGGCAGCGAUCGACGCGGGGCGCUUCCCUGCGUUGGGAUCCUUAAAAGCGCGGCGCCCUCCCCGGGAGAGGAAGAGCAACCGGCGGGCCGCCGGCAUGGCUGCGUGGGGGACGGGGCUGGCCCUGUUCGUGCUGCUGGCGGGGAUGCCCGGCCGCCUGCUCUGCGUGCGAAUGUUCGCCUCUGCACGGGAGCUGUGCCACGGCUCGCUGGGGCAGCCCUACUACUGCGACACGGGCCACUGCUGCGGCGAGUCUGGCUGUUGCACCUACUACUACGAGCUGUGGUGGUUCUGGUUGGUGUGGUCUCUCAUCAUCCUGCUGAGCUGCUGCUGCGCUUAUUACCACCGCCGCAUCAAGAUGCGCUCCCAGCUGCAGCAGCGACAGCGACAGAUCAACAUGCUGGCCUUCGAGGGAGCCAACAAUUACCCCGAGCCUCCACUCGACAUACGGCUCAUGGCCAUGUACAAGCUGCCGGCCUAUGAAGAAGUGGUGUCUCCUCACAACACCCCUCCUCCUCCGUACAGCGCUCUGCAUCAACACUCUUUGCUUACCAGCAACUCGGGGGACGGUUGCCAUGAAACUCCUCGAGACGAAGCCGGCGUCUCGGCUGCCUCUUCCAUGCGGUCGUUGACCCAGGAUCCAUCCACGGAAGCGGUGCCCCUCCUCGAAGGGGCGGCCGUCCCCAGCGAGGGUGCCCUCCAGGACCGUGCCCAGACUCGGGUCUCGUCGCCUACGGCCACUUGCGCUUUUGAAGAACCCGACCAGAAUGAUUUUUCAACGCAGGCUGUGACCCUGGCGAAGGCCACGUCCCAGCCCAUUCUGCUGGAUGACGAACGUCGGAGUUGUGAUGGCACCCUGGCCUCUGCCCCUGACGACGUAGCGCACCUCUCCACGGGAGUGACGGCCAGCUCCCUGGACCGGCGUUCCGAGAACGCUGUCGGCGCCAAGCGCCAAGCCGCCGGGGCACCACCCUCUGCCCCGUCGGCUUCGGAAGGAACCGGCGCAGAGGUCGCCUCGCCGCUCGAGCCAACCGCCCAGCGGCCAGCGCCGCCGCGAUGCCACUGCAGCUCCGAGAGCGGCCACUGCGGUCCCGGGGCGAAGGACAAUGACGACGACGGCGGCGGUGGCAACGAGGAAUUCCGUCAGCGACUUCUGACUCGGGACUCCGGCAUCGACGUGUGCAUGUGCGAGCAUCGCCACGCCUCGGUCGCCCCGCAGUGCGGUGGCAGCGGCGGCAUCGGGGAGAGCGAUGCCGGGGCGAGCGUGGGGGAGAGUCACGGGGAAGGGGGGGAGCGCCUGGUGCCAAUCGCCAGCAUCCCGGAGUCGUGCGAACUCUGCGAGGCGCGACCCGCAGCUGCUGCCGCCUGCAGCAGCAGCCGACGGGGCUUUGCUUAAACCCAUUGUUCGUAACAAUGGGGAGACACAGGCACUCGUGUGACCGUGCGGAAGUGACGCGCGCACACCAACCACUGUAGCUCGGGGAAAUAAACAAAAACACAUUCUUUUGAGAAGACCUCGCCGUCGUAAUUCAGCCUCUUUUUUUUUCACUCGCCUACCUUCGGUUGCUCAUAGUAGGCUGUGUAAUCACUAAUUCACCUUGUGAAUUCUGAGCUAUGUUUUUCGGAACUAAAACUUUAGCAUCGAUUGCAGGCUUAGGACAAUUUUACUUAACAGCUCGGCGCACUCCUAAUUGCUUUAUGAACUGAACAACUUUUGCUCUUCCAACUGUUGCGACAGUUUCGGGUUGGUGAUUUGUGUCUCGAGUGUUCACUUUGCGAUUUCCCUUCGUGUGUAAAACUGAAGGAUGUGGCGGCGUUGACGGCAUGUGGCCCACGCACCUCCCAGCCAACACCCGCCGGGCACACCUUUGCUCGACAGCCAAUUGUCAGAGUUGGUGCUUUUCGAUCUCGGGUGUGAUGUGCUGCAUCGCUUUUGCAGGUGAAGCCGUGAGUGAUGAUUUAGGUUUUUCCUUCCCCCACAAUGCAGCACCCAUCACGACAAGGGCGAUGUUGUGGCACGCGACUCUACGGUGGAGAUCCGCCGCGUGGUGGUUGCGUUGGCCAGGCACCACUCUGUUCUUGCGUGCAAAGUGCCCAAUUUAUUUUUGGGUUUUCGUUGAAUCCUCAUGCAUUCCAGGUGUGGCCAAUUAAAGGAAACUGAAGUCAUUAAUCCCACCGACAUUGCCAAGGUCGUUGACGUAGCGGUUCAACCGCAGCAUGGUGUGGUCGCCUCGCCACACACCUGACCUGCAUGAGGAGAGGGCUUGUAGCUUCCUGUGUACUAUUGGUUGUGUGUGUCGUCCUGUCGUGUGAUGUUAAGAAUCUUACCUGUGAACUAACAGCCUAUAGUUGUAGACCGUGUCUGUGAUGUAGGAGGGGUUGCCGAGGGUGGCUCUCAGCCAACGCCAAAGUGUGCAUCCACGUUGUGUGGAGCAUUGUCACUCGCUCAAUAUAAUAAUGAUGAGAACAUGUUGGUUUUCUUGGCUAACCAGCACUUAUGCCUACAGCCGAGUCGUGAUGUUAACGCGUUUUCCGUUAUUUUGACGGACGUUUUACCAUGGUGGGGCUGCAGUGGUGUUGAGUGGGUAGUGCUGAUGAGUGCCGAUUGCGUUGUAGUGCACGUAUUAAAUGCAUUAUUUACACGAAGUAAUAAACUCAUUAUUCUGUGGCCCUUUUUGAAAAUGAUUACUUUAUAAGCUGAUAUAAAUAUAUAUGGUCACUAGACUUCAAUAGCCCGCUGAUUUAUAUCAUACUUGCGGUGCGCGGAUGCAGAAAUGCAAGUUUGGCGAGACCGAUUCUACGUCUUCACGCGUGUGUCUUCGUGUAAGAUUCGAUGCAUUUGGGUGGCCCUGGCUUCCACGUACUCUCUGUGAACAAUAAAGUAAUACUAUUUUUA